GGGUGGUGGCUUUUUCACUUCCAGGCAAAACCCACUGCUCUGCAGGGAAAGUCUGCAAGCUGAUGUAUUCUCUUACAGACAUUUUCACUAAGACUUUCCACUUUUGGGUGAAGUGGUAGGUGGCCCCUUGUUCUUACAUCUGUCCAUCCUCUCUUGGGCAGAAUGAGGAUGGGCAAUAGCAUGUCUGAGGGGAGGAAGGGCAGCCCCAGCUUGAGCUGAGCCUGUACAUUUGUACUUGAACUGUGCUGGCUCUUCCACCCCUCUGAUUCUCUCCCUUCUGCCUCAGCAUGAAGCUCCACCACCAGAUCCUGGGCGCUGUGCUUCUCCUGCUGCUGGCUGGCUGUGGUGGCGUGCUCCAGACCUCUGCCAUCGACCUGCGGACCUUCAUUGGCUGUGCUGUGCGCGAGUUCACUUUCCUGGCCAAGAAACCUGGCUGCAGGGGGCUUCGGGUGACAACGGAUGCGUGCUGGGGACGCUGCGAGACCUGGGAGAAACCGGUGCUGGAACCACCUUACAUUGAGUCUUACCACCGUGUCUGCACCUACAAUGAGACAAAGAUGAUGACAGUGAAGCUGCCCAAGUGUGCUCCUGAUGUGGAUCCCUUCUACACCUACCCUGUGGCCGUCCGCUGCGACUGCGACAUCUGCUCCACUGCCACCACUGAAUGUGAAACUGCCUGAGCUCUCCUUUCCUAUGUCAAGUGAGGAGAGGCCAGCUUCUUCUCUGGCUUCUUCUCCCUGGUACCUCCAGCAUUACAGAGGGUGUAACUAUGACAGUCAAGGAUUCGAUGAUACCCUUUAAUGCUCUUAACGGUUAACUUUUCUGGGCAGAUGAGGCUUAACCCCACUCCUCAUGCUGUUCAAAGCAUUACUGCUGUAGAAAUGUAGUGCACAGCCUUAUAAUAGCAAAUCCUGUGGUAAAAAAUGGGGGGGGAGAAAAAAAAAAAGGUGCCGUUUCCCUUCCUUAGAGGCUUUUCACAUUGUGUGACCUUUCUCCAUGCACAAAGCGCACAUGGACCUAACAGUCACUAGGGGAGGGGGGGGAAGCAGACCACAGAGGCAUCACCACCUCUGUAACAGCUUCUUUAUUCAUGUCAGGUUUUAGUUCCUUCCCAGUAAUGUAGAUGCAAUUACUAAUAUCUCCACCACCUCACCCCCGCCAUUAGUUUUUCUUACCCUGAGGUCUAUCAGGAGUAGCAGCCAAAGACAGAGCCUUAAGGCCAAUGAAAUGGAAAUGGAUACCCAAAUUGCUACCUUGAAAUUAGUGUGAAUGCAUACUCAGCCCUGAUUUAACAGAGCACUUAAGCUCAUGUUUAAGUGUUUUGCUUAAUAUCAAUGGACUUUUACAGUUAAGCACAUAUUUCAGUGAUUUGCUUAAUUGGAGCUAUAUUGUUGAAAAAAAAAAUUGCCUUACAAAAGUCAAAUCCUUGGAAAAAACCCCAACACAUUAAAUCUGCAGAACCAAAAGCAUGUAUCUUCCCACCUGCUUUUGUCCAGGGACAGAAGGAAACUGACUCCACGUAGAAUCAGCGAGACUCUGCAGAGCCCAAGGAGUCUUUCCUGACAGUUUCCAGAGUCAGAGGGACCAAGACAAAAUAUGAUGAUUGUGGUUUGGGUUCAACGAGCCAGCCCCUGGCUGAGCUGGUGGGAAAGGGGGCUGUGAAGAGUGGUCCCACACUUCCCUGUGCUGCUCAGCUCCAUGGAGACCUGCUCCUCUGUGGGUGCACACAGAGCUUGUGAGCAGUCAGAUGUGCUCACAGGAAAGCUGUGGAAUGGUCAGUAAUGUGGCCAGGGUGGGUGAGACAAGCCCAGUUAGGAAAGAGAGCAAACAUGCCAAAAGAUGGUUCACACCUUCUCAGACCAUUUACAGACUAGGGGACACCUGGGAGCUGCUGCAAUAGCCCUGUGGUCACCACAGCUACGUAAGUGCCUUUGUGCUCCGGUUUCCACCUGCAGGAGGACAGAUCCAUGUUCAUCCCUCAUCCUCCCCUGAAUAAAAUGGGAAAUUAUGUGAAAGGAGGAAGAGUUGCCAAGUGGGAGAGGUUCCCAGGAGAUUACAAAACAAAGACACCUUCUCAGAUAGCCAUUAGGAGAGAACUGUUGCUGAGACUAAUGUCUGCACCUGCCUUCCCUCAAUUAAGUGUCUUGUCUUCUAGAUGCAGUCACAUUCAUUUCCAGGGUUUCAUGCUGGAAACUCCCCCAAGUGUUCUGUCCUCAUUGAGACAGAUUUAAUUUAAUCUCUAAUUGAUUAGUUG